UCCUCUCCCCUUCCCCUCUCCACACACACACACACACACACACACACUGUUCUUCGUUUGCUGGAAGUUUCACCUUUCUUCGAUUAUAUUCUGUUAGUUCUUAUCAUCAUGGACUUGGAUCCAGAGGACGUAUUCAAAGACGACGAUGACGACCUAGAAAAUGAAUUCCAUCAGGCGAGAGAGUCUAGCAAAGAGCUGGUGGUGUACCUGGUGGAUGCUUCGCCCAAAAUGUUCAGCACUACUUGUCUCGGGGAAGAUCAGAAGGAUGAAACUCAUUUUCACGUUGCUGUCAGUUGUAUCUUGCAGUCACUGAAGACUCAAAUCAUUAAUAGAUCUUACGAUGAAGUUGCAAUCUGUUUCUUCAACACUAGGGAAAAGAAGAAUUUGCAGGAUCUAAAUGGUGUUUUUGUAUUUAAUGUUGCUGAACGCGAGUGUCUAGAUCAGCCAACAGCAAGGCUUAUAAAAGAAUUUGAUUGCAUAGAAGAAUCAUUUACUAAAGAAAUUGGAAGCCAGUAUGGAAUCUUGUCUGGGUCUAGAGAAAAUUCUCUUUACAAUGCUCUUUGGGUUGCACAAGCGUUGCUGCGUAAAGGAUCUGCAAAAACAGCUGAUAAACGUAUUCUCUUGUUUACUAACGAGGAUGAUCCUUUUGGGAGUAUCAAGGGAGUGACAAAAAUAGAUAUGACAAGAACAACGUUGCAGCGAGCUAAAGAUGCACAAGAUCUUGGUAUCUCAAUUGAACUUCUCCCCUUAAGUAGGCCUGAUAUGGAGUUCAAUGUUUCCCUCUUCUACGCUGAAUUGCUUGGAUUGGAGGGUGAUGAACUUGUUCAGUUUAUGCCCUCAGCAGGAGAGAGAAUUGCCGAUAUGAAAGAUCAAUUAAGAAAGCGCAUGUUCAAGAAGCGAAAAGUUCGAAGAAUCACAUUUUCAAUUGUCGACGGCUUAUCCAUUGAGCUGAACUUCUAUGCUCUGAUUCGUCCGACCAUGCCAGGUUCAAUUACCUGGCUUGAUUCUGUCACUAAUAUUCCUCUAAAGGCAGAAAGAUCCUUCGUCUGUGCAGAUACAGGUGCAUUGGUCCAGGAGCCUCCCAGACGUUUUCAAUCUUACAAGAAUGAGAAUAUCAAAUUUUCUGUGGAGGAGCUUUCAGAAAUCAAGAGAGUAUCAACAGGUCAUCUCCGUCUUCUAGGUUUUAAACCGUUGAGUUGCUUAAAAGAUUAUCACAACUUGAGGCCAUCAACGUUUGUUUUUCCUAGUGAUGAGGAAGUGAUUGGAAGUACUUGCAUUUUCAUUGCUCUCCACAGAUCCAUGUUACGGCUCAAACGUUUUGCAGUUGCAUUUUACGGGAGUUUCACUCGUCCUCAAUUGGUUGCCCUUGUUGCACAAGAUGAGAUAAUCAAUGCUAGUGGUCAGGUUGAGCCUCCAGGAAUGCAGAUGAUAUAUCUUCCAUAUUCUGAUGAUAUUAGGCACAUUGAAGAGCUUCAUGCUGAUAAAAAUGCCUCAACACCUCGUGCAACUGAGGAUCAAAUUAAAAAAGCCACUGCUUUUAUGAGACGUAUAGACUUGAAAGAUUUUUCAGUUUGCCAGUUCGCUAAUCCUGCCUUGCAGAGACAUUAUGCAGUAUUACAGGCCCUUGCAUUAGAUGAGGAUGAAAUGCCUGAAAUCAAAGAUGAAACUGUUCCUGAUGAAGAAGGCAUGGCUAGACCAGGAGUGGUUAAUGCAUUGGAAGAAUUCAAACUCUCUGUUUAUGGUGAAAAUGACGACGAGAGGGACGAUUUUGCUGAUCGGGAAGUAAGUGAAGCCUCCAAAAAACGAAAAGCAAUUCAUGACCAUGCAGUCCAAGAGUGUGCAAACUAUGACUGGCCCGACCUUGCGGACAAUGGAAAGUUGAAGGAUUUAACCGUAGUGGAGUUGAAAUACUACCUUAGUGCCCAAAACCUCUCUCUUUCUGGGAAAAAGGAAGCUUUGAUCAAUAGGAUUUUAACACACAUGGGAAAGUAGGGAGCGUGUGGCUUUGUAAGCGGUAUGACUGAAUGAGAUUUUGUAUCCAGUUUGUUGGCAUCAGAGCUGAGCUUUUAUGUUGUUUGGCAUUGUCUGUGAUGGCAGCAAUCGUUUUAAUGUGUAAAUGGCUUUACUUCAAAGUUAGCAUGUAUGCCCAGUGGCAUUGUUUUGUAAAUCGGAUGGAUAAUUCUGUGAAAGGAGUUCUCUUUUUGACAA